GUGAUCGUUAAUCGUUAUGCUUUCAGUCGUUGAAGUUGUGACAGCGUUAGUGCUGGUGGGUGUAGCUUACUGGUGGUUAAGCUGGAAAAGGUACGAAAGAAAACUGAAAUGGAUACCGAAGGCCCCAGGGCACCCGAUAUUCGGGAAUGUUUUGGAGUUUGGAAAAUCCACAGAUACUCUGAGAGUGUUUUCCGGUUAUAUGAAGCAAUGCAAUGGGUUGUGUGCGGUAGAUCUAAUGGUGAAGAAGAUGGUAGUAAUAAGCGACUUGAAAUUUUUGGAGUUCCUUUUGACUUCAACCAAAAUUUUGGACAAGUCCAGGGAAUACGGAUUCCUACAUAGAUGGUUGGGAGAUGGACUGCUUACAGCAAAAGCUGCACGAUGGAGAAAGAGUAGGAAAAUAAUAACUCCCGCCUUCCAUUUCUCCAUCUUGGGGAAGUUCGUAUCUAUUUACGAAUCCAAUGCGGAUGUGAUGAUAAAAUUAUUGGAGAAAGAGGUUGGGAAAGAUUCGGUGGAUAUCUAUACAUACGUAACGCUGUGUACUUUGGAUAUAAUUUGUGAAACCUCAAUGGGAGUGAAGAUAAACGCACAGAUGAACAGACAGUCAGAUUACGUUUUCGCGGUCAAGGAGAUGUGCAGGAUAACCGUAGACCGAGGUUUUUCUCCCAUAAAGCAGUUAGAUAUACUGUAUCCGCUAACCAAAGAUUUUCACAAGGAGUUGAGAUAUGUCAAAACGUUACAUUCGCAUACCGAGUCUGUAAUUCGCGCAAGGAAGUUAGCAUUGCAAAAUAAUCAUUCCGAAAACGAUAUGCAAGCUGCAGAGAAACCGAAGAACAUUUACGAAGAAGAGCUGGGUGCCAAGAAGAAGGUCGCGUUUCUUGACUUGCUUUUACAGGCUAGGGUUGACGGACAACCUUUACCCGACUGGUAUAUCAGAGAAGAAGUCGAUACUCUUAUGUUUGAGGGACAUGAUACCACCGGUGCUGCUUUAAGCUUUGCCUUGUGUUGUUUGGCUGAAAAUCAGGAAGUUCAAGCCCGAGCCGUCGAAGAACAACGGACAAUAUUUGGGAAAGACACAAACCGACCUAUAACCUUCGACGAUAUUCAAGCAAUGAAAUACUUGGAAUUAGUCAUUAAAGAAACACUACGAAUAUAUCCGUCAGUGCCAUUUCAUGCAAGAAACACAGACAUGGACGUCGAAUACAAAGAUGGACAAAUCAUUCCAAAGGGAACCAGUUUGGUAGUUUAUGUCUACGGAGUCAACAAUAACCCAGAAGUUUUCCCCAAUCCAGAAAAGUUUAAUCCGAUGAGAUUCGAGAACAUGGAGAAGACAUCGCCAUUCGCUUAUCUGCCAUUCAGCGCUGGACCUCGUAAUUGUAUAGGGCAAAAGUUCGCGAUGCACGAGAUGAAGGUUGUGUUAUCCAAAGUAUUGAGGAAUUAUGAGUUGUUACCUGCCAUUCCCAAACAUGAAGUGCAGCUAGCUGCGGAGACUGUACUGAAGUCAGCAAAUGGCAUUAAAAUCAGACUAAAAUAUAGAAAUUUAAAUUAAUCUUCACUACAUUUAAUGUUAUAUCCAAAAUUUAUAACCGAAA